AUGACACCAAGGGCAUGCGAAGAGGGGCACACCGUAGCAAAAACGUAUUUUUUUUGCAACACAGUGUCAACGCUGCUCCAGGCACUGCUACUAGUCCACCCUGAAAGGUGAUAGGCUGUGCCGGGUAGGUCCUGAACUGUACAGAAAGAGCCACAUGAUCUAUCAAUCUGUAAAUAAUGUAGAGAAAUCUAAACUGUGACUUUUUUUAAGAUAAACUAUCUCUGUUCCCUUCAACAGUACCAGCAGGUCCUUCAGCAGUCGAUCCAGCUCCAACAACCACAGCAGCAGGCCCAGCUCCAACAACCACAGCAGCAGGCCCUGCUCCAACAACAGAUGAUGAUGAUGCAGCCCAUGUAUCAGCAGGCCCAGGCCCAGGCCCACUACACAGCCAUGGUAAGAGCCAAGCCCAUUGUCUGGUGUUGUCUAAUUUGGCUUUAUAAAGGAAAUGCACCUUUUUUUUCCUAGUCUCUUAUCAGCUUUACAUGCUGACCAAACCGCCUCCGCAUGUGGAUUUUUUGUCUUAUCCCCCCCACCAGGCACGUUCGUGACACGCAGGUUAAAAUACCAAAACCAACUGUGAACCAACUGUAUUAAUUUGGGGGCGGGUCGAAACACACAUGGAACAUUCACGGACAUUUAGCUAGUUUGCUGUUGCUAGCUAAUUUGUGCUUGGAGAUAAACCUUGGGUUAUUUUACCUGAAAUUUCUAGUCCUUUUUUUUACUGUUGGAUCUUUGUAGAAUUUUGACCCAUUUUUAAGUCACACAAAAUCAUGUGAUCUCUACUCCGACAAUUAAUCCACAGAUAAAAAUGGAAACCUAGUUCGUUUUCUUUGAUUAAACUCUCCUGGUUCAUUCUUCUGUGGAUUUUAUAUAGCGGUUGGCAACCAACUUUAAGGUGCAUUACUGUCACCAACUGGACUGGAGUGUGGACCUCGUUCAUCUUUCAAUCACCCUUGUGGGUUAGUAUGCUCCUAAAAACCAAUGAGUAGAUGAGAGGCGGGACUUGCAGCGUGUCAAGCGUCCUAUUUUAGCACCUGGCUACGCAGAUGCCCGUUGACCCGCACAAGCAGUUUGGAUGAAAUGAUUGAAAAUCAUGCAUGUGUACAUUUGUUUUGUAGUGCACUCAACGCGUGUGGUCAGCAUGUUAUCCCAUGCGAAUAACAUGUAUAGCAGCGAAACUCAACCUGCGGACCGCAGUACGGACCCAGAGAAGGGUCAAUCCGGACUGGACAACAUCGCAUUUUGUUAUAUAAAAGUCAAUACGUUAUUUUUUAGACAGCUUUAAAAAAUCAACCGGGCGCAGCGGCCUCACUUAACUCAGCAACCUCUGUCGCUCUCUCUCUCUCGAUGCAACGGCCACCUCUACUAGUGUCUAAUCCAAUCGUGUGGUUAUAUGCAAAUACAAGAGGCCACGUUUUACCCAAUCACAUUAAUCAACCCUCUGCGGAACCUUGGGACAAGCAGGCGGAAAGAAACAGAAAGAUCUUACCGCGGUUCAACUGUUAAUAUCACAGAUAGAAGGAGCUUAGUUACCAGGAUCAACUGUUAAUAUCACAGAUAGAAGGAGCUUAGUUACCAGGAUCAACUGUUAAUAUGGCUUGUUAAAAAAAUAAAAAAAAGUUUACUCUGAAAACCGUAUAUUCAAAGACGAGUGGACGGAACAGUAUUUAUUAAUUCUCCCUGCAACUAGCACAAAACCAAUGAUGCCUGACAUGCAGUGAGUCCGUAGCUCUCCUGAAAAGCACCAUUAUGACACCAGGCAUAGUAAACUGGAUCAGACGUAUCCCCUGAACACGGAGGUGAGAACAAACUGGAUUAACCAACUCAACUCCCAAUAUGGGAGGUCCACCAAAGUCCUUGUCAAUUCUCUGACAGCCCAACAACGUGUUAUGGAGUGUUCACUGAGGAUAGCAUUGGGUUUUGGGAAAACACACACAACCAUUUUCAGACGCUGAGAUGGUAAAAGAAAGACGUGUGAAGUUGCUGACACAUUGCUUGAAGGUAAACAAAAAGAUGAGCUCAGGGAAGAAAAUGUGUCUUUGAAGGAGCAGGCUGGUGAUCGUGACCCCGUCCCUUUCUGGGGAAAGAUGACGCCUGCAGCUGACGUCUCUGUUGUCAAGAAUCUGCCACUAGACAUCCUGACCAUGUUUGGAUCCACAGACAGCUGUGAAUCAGCCUUCUCCACAAUGAACUUUAUUUUAAAAACAAAUACCGCACCAGGCUCACCAAUGAACACCUGCACCAGUGACUCAGUUGCGCUCACACCAUUUUGUGCCAAAGUUCAAAGCAUUGGCAGGAGACAGAAAGUGUAAUUUCUCUAAUUUAAUGCAGGGCAAGGACCAGAGGGAUUUAUACAUGAACACUGCAUGGCCCACAGUGACGUUCUGUUCAUUCAGAUUAUUAUUGUUGUUCAACUCUCCUUUGUUCUCCAGAAAACAUGCACUUUAUUUUAUUUUAAAUAUUAUGUUUUAUUCGAGGCCCAUGUACAAUGGUUCACAGUGCACUUUUUUGCAUAGACAAUUUAUGCAACCACUUUUUUGUUCUUCAGCAAUGUCGAUGCAAUGUUGCACGUGUUUACGUUCAAAAUAAGUUUUUCUUAGUCUCAUUUUAAUGUAUUUAAUGUGCAUUUUAUAUAACAACAUGUUUCCUAAGUCGUAGACGACUAUGUUUGUUACUACGCUGUACCUGAUAAAGGACGACCUCCAUCCGGACCUUUGCCACCUGGACCUUCUCAAAUAGUAGUUGAUUACCCCUGCUGUAUAGCUACUUCCAGCGUUGAGGAUUUGUGUGUUAAUUUAUUUUUUGAAUGUUUCUUAAACACUCAGUGGCCUGAGUGUUCAGAUGGAGAGUGUAGCAGACUGAUUUUCCCCUUUUUGUAUAAUCGCUUCAUAUGUCACAAUUUAACACGGCGACACACACACACACACACACACACACACACACAGCGAACCGGUGGAGUUCACCCCCCUCUCCUCUGCUAUCCUCUGACUGUGGGGACGGAGCAGAUUGCUGCUGAAAUUAAACAGAUGGGAACCGUUCGGUGGAAUACAAGCUAAAAAUGAAUGUACAGUAUGUAUUUGGAGGGCUGGUGUUUGGCCACAGAGGGGUACGUAAACAGGAUUUUUGGGAUAAAGUUGACUAUGAAGGAACUUCUGUUUUGCACUUGGAAAGCUUGGCAGAGAGUCCUGUUUUAGUGAGCAACGUUCUAUGGUCAUGUUUCUGUGCUCGUUUUGAGGCUGGAAUUUAGGGCAUUUGACACAUAGUGAAAUAGCCAGCUGGUUACCAUCUUGGCCCGCUGCCCUGUUACAAACUGUGUUGUUGCACGCCACAACAAGAAAUUGAAAUUUACAGGUCAAUCACUUGCAGUUUUUCGCCGUUAUCAACUUAUAAUCAAAAUAUCUAACACCAUUUUGCUGCUGAUACCUCCCUUUCCUAGUUUUCCUAUUGAUCAUACUUCUAUGUAUUGAAUUCAUACUGUCUAUAACCAUGUCUGUAAGCCAUAUUCAUCAUGACAUCACCGUUAGUUACCUCCUUCCCUUCCCCUGUCAGAUGCAUCAGUACCAACAGGCUUUUGCACAACAACAACAACAACGCCAGCAACUACAACAACAUCCCACCCAGCAGCCCUAUGUCACCUCUCAUCUGGAGUACCAGCUUCCCCUAGGCUCCUAUAACCCAGCUGGGCCUGGGACUAUGUCUGGGCCUGUGACUGGGCCUGUGACUGGGACUAUGUCUGGGCCUGUGACUACGUCCCCUGUUGAGCCUCCAUCCACUAACACCAGGUAAACAUCCCUCACCUCAUAACCUCAACUGUUUGUGCACUCCAAUAUCUAUAAAAUGUUCUCUCUCUCUCUCUCUCUGUCUCUGUCUCUGUCUCUGUCUCUGUCUCUGUCUCUGUCUCUGUCUCUCUCUGUCUCUGUCUGUCUCUGUGUGUGUGUAGAAACCAUCUGGUGGACCUAAAGGUGACCACCCCUCCCCCCCAGACCCUGGUCACUCCCCAGAGCCACCCUCCUGACAUGUCCCGCUGGAACCCCUUUGGAGAGGACAACUUCUUCAAACUCACAGAGGAGGAGCUGCUGGACCGAGAGUUCGACCGCCUCAGAGCAAGCAAGUGUCCCGUCUUUUACCUUCCCCCGUACCUCAACUGUUCCACCUCUGGCGCUGCUUUUCCUGCUCUUAGUUGCACUAUAGAAGUUUCUCAGUUGUAUCUAUUCAUUGCAAUUCAUUCUGCAAAUGUUCUGUUACAUUUCACUCCAUUUAGUGACUACACCCCUGUCUAACGAUCGUCUCCCCUCUCCGCCCUAACAGGUAAACCUGUGGAGAGAACCACUAGCCAGGAGGAAGACCGACCGCUGCAGCCAAUCACCCCCGCCGCCAAGCCCCUCCUCCCCGAAGACCUGUUUGGCUCCUCCCCCUUCCUGGCCAGCGCAGGCAAGUCCCCUUCCUGUCUCGCCCCGCUCCAACAGGACCCAGAACUGUAGUAUGGAACCACCCUUUUCUGUCUUCCUUCCCUUAUACUUAAACCCCCAACUCCACUGUUCUGGAGACCCUAAACCAGGGGUGCCAAACACCAGUACUUAAACCCCCAACUCCACUGUUCUGGAGACCCUAAACCAGGGGUGCCAAACACCAAUACUUAAACCCCCAACUCCACUGUUCUGGAGACCCUAAACCAGGGGUGCCAAACACCAAUACUUAAACCCCCAACUCCACUGUUCUGGAGACCCUAAACCAGGGGUGCGAAACACCAAUACUUAAACCCCCAACUCCACUGUUCUGGAGACCCUAAACCAGGGGUGCCAAACACCAAUACUUAAACCCCCAACUCCACUGUUCUGGAGACCCUAAACCAGGGGUGCCAAACACCAAUACUUAAACCCCCAACUCCACUGUUCUGGAGACCCUAAACCCAAGAGGUUGUGAAAUCUGAGUAGCAGCACCCAACGAUAAAGGAUUAUUCAUUAUGAUCUGAAAGGCCUCUGCUGUUAGACGCUUUGUGACUACAGGCCCUUGGUGCGGAACUGCAGUCUUUUGGUGCAACAAUAUAGAGGAUCUCAAUGGUCAUUAUUAGCAAGUUAGACUUCGGAGAACAGAACAGUUAGUGUGUAACACCUCUUGCUAAUGAAGAGGAUGGUGAAGUAGUGAUUUUAUCGUUUAGUCACAAACCAGCAGUGAAAACGUCUAAAUGUGUGACCGUUUAGCCAUUUGCUGACAUUUUGUAAUUCUAUUUCUUAUUAAACUCAUUUGAAACUAGCAUAUUGAUAUAUUUUUCAGUGGCCUUAAGUCUCAAAAGCCCUGUUAAGGUCCUCUGUAGCUCAGCUGGUAGAGCACGGCGCUUGUAACGCCAGGGUAGUGGGUUCGAUCCCCGGGACCACCCAUACACAAAAAAAAAAUAUGCACGCAUGACUGUAAGUCGCUUUGGAUAAAAGCGUCUGCUAAAUGCCAUAUUAGAUUAUUAUAUUAUUAAGGAGAUUUGCCUCAAAUGUUUUAUUGUUUGGGUUGGACUUUACUACCGACUAGUCUAGCUACCGUCCACCCCUCAAAAUGUAAUAUUACAAGAAUAGUGUAACUAAAAUAACUCUUAAUAAUUAUCGUUAGAAUGUUUCUCCUAUUAUAAUGAUAAGGGUAUUUGAUGUGAAUGUAUCUCGUAACUGGUACGGUAUUUCUCUUAUUAGCUACUUGGACAGCUACGUUUGGUGGCAGCGGUCAGAUCCCUACCUAUGUUGACAUAUUUACAUUUUAGUCAUUUAGCAGACGCUCUUAUCCAUGAGCGACUUACAGUUAGUGAGUGCAUACAUUAUUUUAUUUUUCAUACUGGCCCCCCGUGGGAAUUGAACCCACAACCCUGGCGUUGCAAACGCCAUGCUCUAUCAACUGAGCUACAUCCCUGCCGGCCAUUCCCUCCCCUACCCUGGACGACGCUGGGCCAAUUGUGCGCCGCCCCAUGGGUCUCCCGGUCGCGGCCGGCUACGACAGAUCCUGGAUUCGAACCAGGAUCUCUAGUGGCACAGCCUUAGACCACUGCGCCACUCGGGAGGCACUUCCUGCUCUGUAAAUGUGAAUUGGUUAUGAGCCAUUCUAACAAAUAAUCUAGAUUAGUUAUUUAAGAUACACUAUACAGUGAGGGGAAAAAAGUAUUUGAUCCUCUGCUGAUUUUGUACGUUUGCCCACUGACAAAGAAAUGAUCAGUCUAUAAUUUUAAUUGUAUGUUUAUUUGAACCUAUAACCUAUAUACUUAUUAUGGACACAGUAUGCUUUACAUUAGUUAUCUAGUUGUUAUUAGUCCCAUCCUUCAUCUCCAUUCAACACCUCCCAUCUCUCUCUUAACACCAUCCAUAUAGGAUUUCUAUUUGCCAUAUAUUUUUCAACUGUACUGUGAUGUUUUACAAAAGUUCUGAACCCUUCUAUUCUCAUUGUUUCUACAGAUUGUAAAUUGAAAAUAAACAUUUUUGCUAAAAGUAUUAUUAUAUUAUUGAUCGAUUGACUAUGACUUUUCAGAUCACCCAGUAGUGCUAUCUGCAAGGUUAGCUCCAGGUAAAUAUUGCAAUCCUUUAGCCAUUCCUGGACCUGUGUCCAAAAACAAGCUACAAAUGGACAGAACCAAAACAAAUGAUCUAAUGAUUCUGUCUCUUCGCAGCAAAACCUGCAGAGCUGGGAAGAUUGUAUCCCCCAUAUAAAUAACAUUCUAUAGGUAGCAAGAAUUUUGUAUAAUAAUUUAAAUUGAGAAAUUCGAAGUUUUGAAUCCGGCGUCGUUUUGCGUAUCAGUUCAUAAACACUAUGUCAUGGAAUCGGUACGUAAAAAAUCUCUUCCCAACUAUUUUGCAAUCUAUAUGGGACAGCUGUCAAUCCUUUGGUCCUUAAAUGAAAUUGGUAUACUUUUUUUAUUUAUCACAAUUUUCUUUAACCAAUUAUGCAGGGCCGACAGAUAAGUUCCUUACUUUUUCCCCCUUCCACUUUCCUCUUCCAUUUUUGCGGUAAUGCUGCAAUUAUUUGGUUGUAAUUUUGGGUAGAGCAGACAUUUCCAUAUGUUUUUGUUAGCUGCAUGUGCGACAUAACUCCACUAGUCCUACCUAUGAUAUCAUUUACGAAGAUUAUACCUUUUUUAUUUAUUUCAAUGUUCCAUUUAAAAAAAAAAUGUAUUAGUAUAUUUUUGUUUAACCACUAUUUGUUGCGUUAUUUGUUCUGUCGUUUCUGGAGGAUUAAAUUGAAACUGCAACCAACUUUCUAUGGCUUGUUUUAGAAAUAGUGAUAUUUGGGAGAUUUCCUUUUCAAAUAACUGAAAGUGAGAGGUUGUAAUCUGAAUAAAGGGAAAAGGGCCAUUCUUGAACAUUAGAGACAAUCUUACUAAUUUGCUAUAGAACAAGUUUGGAUUUAAGUAUAACUUUUGUAUGAUUGAAGCUUUUAGUGAUAGGUCUAACGCUUUAAUAUUUAAUAAUUUCUGUCCUCCAAAUUCAUAUUCAUUAUGUAAAUAGGCUCGUUUAAUUUAAAAAACUGUUCGCUAGGCGUAGGCAAGACCAUAAGCAAAUAGGUAAACUGGGAUGAUACUAAAGAGUUUAUCAGGGUGAUUUUUCCACAAAUUGACAGGUAUUUACCUUUCCAUGGUAGCAAGAUCUUAUCUAUUUUUGUUAACUUUCUAUUAAAAUUUAUUGGAGUGAGAUCAUUUAUUUCCUUUGGGAUAUGUAUUCCGAGUAUAUCCACAUCACCAUCAGACCAUUUUAUUGGUAAACUACAUGGUAAUGUAAAAAUUGUAUUUUUUUAGUGAUCCAAUACGUAAUAUAGUACAUUUAUCAUAAUUUGGUUGUAAUCCAGAGAGGUUAGGAAAGGUAUCUAGAUCCUCUAUGAGGCUGUGGAGGGAUUCUAGUUGUGGAUUUAAAAGAAAACAUGAAUCAUCAGUGUACAAUGACACCUUUGUUUUUAAGCCCUGGAUUUCUAAUCCCUUGAUAUUAUUGUUGGAUCUGAUUUUUAAUAGCUAACAUUUUGAUGGCCAUAAUAAAUAGAUAUGCCGAUAGUGGAGAACCUUGUUUCACUCCUCGUGACAGUUUAAAACUUUUACACCUUGGGUUACAAUACAUGAUGUUAACCCAUUUUAUAAGAGAUUCUCCAAAAUUGAAAUGCUCCAGGCAUUAAUAUAUAAACCCCAGUCGUACUUUAUCAAAUGCCUUUUCGAAGUCUGCUAUGAAUAGCAGGCCUGGUUUCCCAGAUGUUUCAUAAUGUUCUAUUGUUUCCAGAACUUCCCUUAUAUUAUCUCCAAUGCAUCGUCCAUGUAAAAAAAAAAAAUGUCUGAUUAGAAUGAAAAAUGUCCAACAAUACCUUUUUAAUUCGAUGCGCUAUACAUUUUGCUAGAAUUUUUGCAUCACAACACUGAAGUGUAAGGGGCCUCCAAUUUGGACUAUUUUGUGUAUGUCCAUUACAUGAAAUCCAAAUAAAAAUCAAUUUAAUUUACAGGUUGUAAUGCAACAAAAUAGGAAAAACGCCAAGGGGGAAUGAAUACUUUUGCAAGUCGUCUUUGUACCAGUAAUUAUAUAAUUUAAUUUAGUAACAACAUUCUCUUGUCAAACCAACAGGUUCUAGUGUGAGGAUGACAGAUCAGCCUAUUGAAGAGCUCAGUAUCCCAGUCGCUGCCCUCGUACCUGUGGGCCAGCCAGCCCUUGAGGAAGAGCUGCAACCUCCGAUGGCAAAGGAGCACAAACCAAGUAGGAGGAGAAACUCUCCUGCCGGCGGUUCACAAACGACUCGCAAACCAGGGGGAGAUGAAUCAGACAGUGACUUUGAGUCAGAUCCUCCUUCCCCUAAGAGCAGCGAGGAGGAAGAUGAGCCGGAGAAGGACGAAGGUCUGAACAACGAGCACAGAGAGUUCUUCAACGAACUGGAAGAUGUGGAGGAAACAGAGAUGCUGGGACAUAGGCCUCUGCUGAUGGACUCAGAGGCUGAGGAAGAGUACGACAAACACAGCUCUGACUCGGACUAUGAACCCAGGAAGGUUAAGGGAGGACGUACUAGGAGGCUAAAAGGAGGAGUGGCGGCAGAUGCGGCUACUGCCACCCAUGAGGGAAGUCCGAGAGUGGAGUCAGAAGACACUCUAAUCAUGAUAACGCCUCCCGAGUCGCCAGGUGUGGUGGCUGUUAGACUGCCCCCUAGUGUCGGUGGCAUUGUGGACGUGUUUGGUACGGAUGUGUUUGGUGCUGUGCCCUUCUUUCCUCCAGCGGCAGCCCCGGCAGAAAGCGCAGACAUCUUCUCCGCGGCUCCCUUCAGGCAGGCGAGCCAGGAGGCCAUAGUCAACCAGCCCGACCAGGCCAUGGAAGAGUUAGACGUCUUUACUAAGGCUCCGUUCAGCCGGAACCUCUCCAAAUCUGGCAAGACCGGAAGCAGCGACUUCUUCUCUAUGGGUCGGACUCUGCCGGUGUCCCCUGAAAUCAUCGACCCGUUCGGCUUCUCCCCCUUCCAGCCCGGCCCCACGGCUCCGCCACCAUCCACCUCCAGGAGCGCCGAGGACAUCUUCCGUCCGGCCUUCGAGGAUUCUCCCAGCCCCGAGCAGCAGAGGCUGAAGCAGCGCAGCCUCCAGAAGCUGUCUUCACGGCAGAGGAAGCUCUCUGCCGGCACUGGCGGUGGCAGCAAUGGCAAGCGCCACCACAGCACGCCCACCGGCGGCCGCAGGAGCAACAAGCCCAGCUUCCGUACGCCGGAGCGUGUCCGCCGGCACAAGAAGGUUGGCAGGAGGGACUCUCAGAGCUCCAACGAGUUCCUCAGCACCUCGGACUCCAAGGAGAACAUCAGCGUCGGCAGUGUAACGAUGGCCGACACCGGCAAAGACAAAGGGGCUUCCCUGCCUAGCCUUCCCAGUGAGGUCGACCCAAUCUUGGACCCCUUCGGAGCCAAUCCCUUUGGUCCUCAGGAUGGCAGCCGACUUAACCAGGGCCAGUACCAAGGUCUUCUGGGGGAUGGCAAAGCAGACAUGGGUUCGGCCAAUGGCAGGCCUCGGACUAGCUCCCUCCACGAUGCGCUUGGGGACGGGAACAUCAUGGAUGACUUUGGGGCGGUACCCUUCACAGAACUGGUGGUCCACCCUGGGCCUCAACAGCAGCCGUCACAGCCAGUGGAGCUGGACCCCUUCGGGGCUGCGCCUUUCCUUUCCAAACAGUGA